GGGCAGGCGCGCGGCCGGCGCGGGGCGCGCGCGGCUGGGCUCGGCUCGGCUCGGAGCGGCGCGGCGCGGAGCGGGAAGAUGGAAGGAGCCUCCUUCGGAGCGGGCCGGGCGGGGGGAGCCAUCGACCCCGUGGAUUUCCUGAAGCAGCCGCAGACCAUCCUCCGGGUGACGACCUGGAUCUUCUCCAUCGUGGUGUUUGGCUCCAUUGUGAACGAGUGCUACGUGAACAAGGACAGCCAGAACCCUGAGCUGCUCUGCAUCUUCAAUGAGAAUGAGAGUGCCUGCAGCUACGGCAUCGCCGUUGGCAUCAUUGCCUUCUUUGGCUGUAUCUUCUUCUUUGUCGUGGACCUCUACUUCCAGCAGAUCAGCAGCGUGAAGGACCGCAAACGGGCCGUCCUGCUGGACCUUGGCUUUUCAGGUUUCUUGUCCUUCCUGUGGUUUGUAGCCUUCUGCUUCCUAGCAAACCAGUGGCAAUGGACAACGAUGAGCAAAGGGGUUUCACAAGGAGCAGAUGCCGCCCGGGCAGCGAUCACCUUCUCUUUCUUCUCCAUCAUUGUCUGGGUCGCGCUGGCGGUGAAGGCACUGCAGAGAUACCGCCUGGGGACGGACAUGUCGCUCUUUGCCACCGAUCAGUUCGCCACCGACCCCAACGCGGCGUACCCCGGCUACCCCACCGGCAGCGGCAUCGAGAGCACAGAGACCUACCAGAGCCCCCCCUUCACCGAGACCUUAGAUGCCAACCCGAAAGGUUACCAAGUGCCAGCGUACUGAGGGGCGAGGGCCGCGUACCAAGAGACCGAGUCCUACGGUGCAGUACACUUAACUGGUUGAUUGCAAAUGUAUUCAGUCCCAUUUCCUUAAUGUGGCAAGUCAGUGCUGGGUUCCUUACUAUUAGCUAGUUGUGCAGUGAAUUCUGUACAGUGGUAUUGGUUCUUGUCUUACCUGUCCAAGGGUUUUAUAAAAGCAGUGUUCCCUCUAAGUCAGAAGGAAGGAAGGUUGCUACCACAUCACCUACACGUGGCGAAAGAUGAAUAAAUGCCCUCUCUGAGGCUUGACACCGGGCAGUAGGUGUUGGGCUCUGCUGGGUGCCCGGGAAAGCCCAGAAUACCUUUUCCUGUUAGAAAACACAGUAGCUGAGGAGUUGCUAUUUAUCUCGUUCUUCCAGAGCUAACACAGAAUCAGUCUUGUGAGGGUGAGGGUGGGUGGGCAGCGCUGGGGAGGGUGGCCCCGUGCUGCUCCCACUGCAGAGCUUUCCUGUACAUGUUCCAUGGAAAGUGCCAAAUUCAGUAGUGUCUGUGUUACUUUUAUUUGUAUAUAUUUACUGUACAAAAACCAAAAAUCCAAACAGGUGUUUCAAACUUAGCUUAGGAUGUAAGCGGCAUGGGGGGGCACAGCAGGUUGGGGUUAUGUUGAAUAGCCAAAUUGCUUCUACGCUUCAACAGGGUUCUGGUUGAGGAUGUAAAAAGUUACUGUUUGAAACUGGAAACCAGUUCAGCAAUAGUUGGCUGCUAAUUAGGAAUAGCCUUUUACCAGCAGAAAACAUGCCGCGUUGCAGUUCCACUUCUUCACCGAGGGGUUGGGAAAGUUUGCAAAUUUACAAAUAGUUUCUGGUUGGCAACGCUGAACACUUACUCACGCUCAAACCCAGAGCUGCCAACACAACAGGGGUGGGUGUCCAAGUCAAUUAGGAGCGGUAUUGAACUUGUAUUUUUAUACUGGGAGCAGCCACCAUCUGUCAUCAGCUGCAGCAGAACCUCAGGUGUGAACGUGUAUUUUAUCCUGCCGUCUCUAGAAAUGAAGAAUUCAGAUGGAGAACUGGAAAGACUGUACAGGCCAUUGAAGUCCAUCAUGUGGAGCCUUAUGGCCCCAUGUUUGCAAAUAGUGGGAGAAGAGAGCGAAUGAAAAGCACACGGGAAAGAGGCUCAGGUUUGGUUUUCAGCUGCAAAAUUCCUGCCUUGUCAAAAACAACUAAAUGUGUAAUAUCCAGUAGAUCCUUGUCAGCAGCCUGCCUGCUUUCCCUGCCUGUCUGCCUGCGCGGUAGCUGUGAUCCGAGCUAUUUGUCACUAAGGACUAAGCAGAGGAGCUGAAACUUGAAUUCCCGACCACCUCGGUGGCAGCUCCGUCCUUAGAGGCCCCUGGCUCUCCCGGCAGCUGGCGAGCCGGGUUUCACCUUGCUGGUUUAUGCCGGCAAAAGUUGCGUGCUGCCUUCAGACCUCUUGACAAGCAAUAGUUACUGGACUGCCCCAGCUCUCCUUGUAGCAAAAACACCCAGCAGUUUUUUUGUCGCCGUCGACACAGCUCGUUUCUGCUGCUAAAUUGCAUAUAAAUGCAUUAAUUAAUAAGCAGCAAAUCUCAUCACGAGCAGUCAUUAUCAGUGACAAAGUGCAUUACUUGACUCCCCAACUAUUCAGGCCGGGUUAAAUGUGCAUUUGCAGCAAAGGCUGGCUUUGCUGGCGCUGGAGCUGCGCGGAGAUUUUUCAGGCAGCAUUUCCCAACUCGGACACUUCUCCCGCACCGCUGCAGCCUCCCCAUAGAGCACAGCCGCACGCGGGGGCACCGAGACCUGGUGUCCCACCACGGGCUUUCCCCACAGUGACAGCAGAGGAGACGUCUCUCCCUCUGGACACCUUUGCACCCACUUUGAGGUCCAAACACUGUCAUCAGAGUAGGUAGGGCUCAGCCCCGCUGCCUGCGGUGGAGGCAGGAGGAUGAGCAGGAGGAUGCUGCACUGCUUGAUCGGAGGUGUCACUUGGUCAAUGCAAGGAGCAAGGAAGAGGUGGCCCUGGGGCAUCUGCAGGUAGCCCGUGCCAGCGGGGCUUGGUGAGCAGCAAGACAUCCUUGCAUUAAGCAGACCAGGGACACCCAAACCCCGGUAUGGUGUAAGCCUAAAUUAAUUACGGGACCCUUACAAUUUUUCUAGAGUCAGCCUUGCUGGGAAAAAAAAAAAAAGGCAAAGGAUUUUAAUACAGGGUACGGUAGAACUGUAGCAAUAUUUUUCCUUAGAGGGAACACUGAAAUUUUAGCAGCACAAACAGUACUUGUGUUAAUAUUAGCAAAAUUAUAAUCAAUUUAAAUGUUUAAAUUGAUUGUAUGUGAGAUAAUGUUUGUUCAGUACAUUGUAUUUUUUCUAACUAUAUAACUGUUCCAGAGUUUCCUUGUAACCGUAAAGAACUAAAGCUCUGUCUGACUGCGGGACGUGUCCUGACCCCUGGUGUAACCAUGCUGAAUAUUACAACAUCUGAAUGUACGCA